UUCAGUUGGCGCCACAGCGAGCUUGACUGUCAUUGCCGCGAGUCUGCACGUGUUCUGCGAUACACUGCGGAUUUUGGACAAUUCCACCACAAUUUUAAUGUUUUUUCGGACUACUAUGUUUGCAUCCACGUGUACAACUUGUAGUUCGAGGUGCUGAACGCGUGUCACGAUGAUCAGAAGACGAGAAACUAGUUUAUUCCUGCUAGUUAGCUAGCUAACUGGAGGAGCUAGCAUUAGCAGAGCCGGAGAACAACAUGUUCAGACUUGUUCCCAGACACCACGCUGAGAGAGAGAGAGAGAAGGAACAACGACACGUGUAUCAUUAGAAACCCAGACAGUUGUUUUAAUUCGUUAAUGACAAAUACAAUGGAUUACCAGUUCCCACAGCAGCUUUUUCCUUCGUUUUAUAACUGUGGACCUCCGGACUCGGCCGUGAAACACUGUGCGGGAACCUGGGGCAGCUAUGGCCGAGUCAUCCCUCAGGGCAGCUCUGGUCCUCUCUCCAGCUGGUCAUUUACAUCCAGUCAUCAGGUCAGAGGGGAGACAUGGCGCCACACCGAGCCGGUGUCGGUUCCCCUCCUGUCUCCUAAAAAUGCUUUCCUUUGGCCUUUGAAGCCUCCAGAUCCGCUGGACUUCAUAGAACAUAUGCAGAACUUCUUCAUGGACCACAGCCAGGACGCCUUCGGGUGCAUGGGUGAAAUUCUGAGCGAACAUUUCAAACCAGGACCGAGAGAGAAAUAUCACAGGAAUUCAGUCUAUGAGGUGAAAAACGUCCUCGACAUGCUGAACAUUAAGAUGUACUCCAAGUCCCAUUCCUGCAGAUUGCUGGACACGUACAGCACCCUGCUGUCGGACGUGGUGCCCGCCGUCCCUCCUGAGCUGCUGGGUUCUCUGCUGUACGAGGAGUUGACGGAGCAGAGGGACCGCAUGCUGUUCUCUGAAGGAGCCACGGGGGGCGCUCUGGCCUUUGUCCCCUUCUCACAGAGCGGCAGUGACUCUCAGCGUGGCUGCCUCAUCUACCCUGGAAAACAGGGACAUGACUGCCUCAACUUCCACAGAGUGGAGCUGCAGCACCACAGAGGAAGUUCCUCCUGUCUGGACGCCAGCAGGAGCAGCAGCGACUCCUUCAGCUUCCAGCUGAAAGGCCCCAUCAGACAGAUCAGCUCUGCCUCUCUGCUCGACGACUGUUGUGUUGCAGUGCGAUCGGACCACCUGUGUGGAGUUUGGAGGUUCAGUGAAAGAACCGAACCUCGUCUGCUGCAAGUUGUCAACACCAAAGAGGUCGCGACCUGCAUCAGCGUCAGUCCUCAUGUUUUAGGUGAAGUUCUGGUGGCGAGUGAGAGCGGAGCAGCAAACCUGUGGACUGUGGGCAGAGGGAUGCAGAAGGUCCGGGAGGAGGUCGACAACCUGUACUUCAACGCCAAGUCGUCGUGGCGUUGGUGCGAGUUCUCCGCCCACCCGAGGGUGAUGUUGUACGCAGACAGGACGGGGGUGGAGCUCACAGACAUCAGGGCGAGUCCUGUCUCGAGUCACACUCUGUUUCGUAUCAGCAACACCCCCGAGUGUCGCAGUGGGGAGAGACUCAUUCUGUCCAGAUAUCUGGGAGACGUCCACUCCUUCCAGCACCUCAUCACCACUCAGUACUCGGCCUACAUCAUGGACGAGCGUUUCCCCUGCACGCCCAUGCUCAAGUGGGAUCACCUGAUGGAGUCCCCACCCAUGUUUUGUCACACUGUUCGUGGCUCGGCCUCCUCUGGCUCAACAGUGGGUGGGGCUAGGACCACCAAGGUCCUGCUGGGCUCCCACAGCUCUCAGGAAAUCGCACUGCUGCAGUACUCAGGAGGCAGAGCGGAGGCCUGUUCUAGUCAAGGUCCUCCUCAGGCGCUGCUCAGAGCCAGAGACAGUCUGAAACACCUUCCUGUCCAGAUCCCUCACCGCUUGGACAUCGCAACCAGCAGAUUGUCCUCCCCUGCUGCAGGUCUGACUUGUAUUCAGAAGAGAGGAGGAAGAGAGGCAGGUGGCGAGGAGUGUAUCUGUAUCCUACAGCUGACGGAGGCAGGAGAUAUCUUCUACCAGGUCCUGGAGCCUGCGCAGCAGGACACCUCUGGACCUCCAGCAGUAGAGGACGACCUGCCGCCACAGCCAGCUCUGAAAGAAGCCACAACUUCAGGGAGAAAGACAGCCAAACGGCCUCAGUCACUUUCUCAACUGGUUAUAUCGGACACGUCGAGCGAUGAGAGCGUAAUCGGACCGACUCAGCAUCCAACUGUGCCGAGGUUUGUGGCCGAAACGCCGGAGAGGGAACAACAAGGGCUGAUUGUGUACUCUGACACUUGUUCUGAGGAUUCAGAGUCCAGAUGGAGAGGUCGAAACCUGAAGCGACUGCGGCUGCAGGUCGUCAUCAACGAUGAUCCAGAUCUGGAUCAAGUGAGUGGAUCGGACGCAGGUGUGAAAGAUGGAGAGGUGGGUGAAGGUAACGUCGAUAGAACUGAGGAACCCGGCGGUGUGGAGGAAACCGUCAGCAGCUUGGGUCGCUCAGAGUGUCCGGCUGCCGUGAAGCUCAGCGACGCCACUCUUGUCACGUGGAAACAUUGGCUCCAGAAAUUGAUGCAAAGGAGUCGUGAAAAGAAGCCCCGUCAACGCCGCCCGCAGCACCUCACAUUCGGAACUGAACACCUGCUCCACCGUGUUGACGAUGAAGCGAGUGAUUCGACAGAAGCGAAGCGCGUACAGAGCCUGAGGCGUGAUCUGAGAGCGUGCAUGUCCAAGCGCUCGCUGCUGGUUCACGGCGCCGUCUCUGCAUCCCUCGGGGCUCCAGAUGUGGUAAUGGUGCCAGAUGUGGUGGAUACAGAAGUCUGGAGUGAUCAGAUCAGCCAUCGCCUGACCCUCUCCUGGCAGGGCGAGGAGGCGUGGCGGGCGUGGUGGGAGGACCAGCUGGGCCUGAACAGGGAGGAGAAGGUGGCGGCUCUGAAGAGGAAGAGGAGGAGGGAGAAGGAGGCGAAGAGAGCCUCCGGGCGACGCAUGGAGCUCUCCGGGAGCUUCACCUCGUCUGUCAGCUACCAGACAGAGCUGAGCGAUUUCUCCGAUUCCACUGGCUGGUCUUCUGCCGCGAGCCAGGGGGCGUGGUCAGACUCCGAAGGUAAGCUGUCCCAGUUGGAGGAUGUUUCGGAGAGUGGGACGCCAAGAGCCGCAACACCCUCCACCGUGCAAACUGACACUCCAGUUCCCACGCCGACCCCCACACCUCAAAGUGUUAGAUAUAAUCAAGUUGACCAGCAGACCCCCAGCAGCUCCCGAGCCCUCCCCCCAUCUCAGACACCAAAACCUGACUCCACACCGGCCAAUCAGAGGAGAAACAAACGUCCAGUCAAGGACUACCUCAGCUCUCUGUUUGCACCACAGGAUGAGCCCUCGCAGCAUGACAGUUAUUUCCUGGAAGAGGGGAGCGCCGCGCGCCCCCCACCUCCACCAGCGACCUCGUCCUCCUCCCAGAGGAGCCUCAGGAUGGAUCUGUCCCAGGACGCCCCCGUCUGGUCGGGUUUCUUCCAGUCCCAGAGUUCACAGGGUCGGCUGGGGCUGUCGCAGGCGUCGCAGGCGUCGCAACCCAAGAGAAAGUCUCGAAUGGGAUUUUGAUUCACUGGUCGGUCUGUCCGUCACACGGAGGGGGAGUGUAUCGUUUGGAGUACCUGAUCUCAGGAAAACAAAAAACAGUCUCAAGGAACGUUUUUCUGAUUUCCGGCUUCUUCAUCUGCCUCAGGAUUUGUAAAAAUGGAUUUAUAUCGGUAUUAUUCACUGGGAUUGUACAUACAAAAAAAUUAACAUGCAAACGGGAUCUUAUGGAAGUGGAUGAACUGACUGCAUGUUGGAAAAGGAUCCCUGGCACUGUUGCUGAUCCCUGAAGACGUCUGCAGACUGGCUGAAGAAGACCGACUGCCGGCUGGUUUGGUAGGACUCAGUGCAGUUUAUUAUCUUUGUUUUGUGGUUUGUGCCGUUUGUUUGCUGAUGUCAUAUCCUUUGUGUGUGUGUGUGCAAUGUAAUGUAAGAUCAAAUGAGCAGUCAUUCAUUCUUUGCAUCAUGAUGAGGUGUUCACACUGCAGGUGACGUUUAACUCUAAAUGAUGACUGUUAAAUGAUUACAAAAAAAGACAUUGCUUUUAUGUGUUGGAAUGAAAGGACUCAAUCAUCUCGUUGUUUUUGGUGUGAAAACAGGAACAGUUUUUACUUCUAAGUACUAAAAUAUGACAUUUCCAGGACCGGGAUUUCCUGAUUUGCCUAAAUCAGCAUCUAUCUGGUAUCUGGUCAUAAUUGUGACCUUGUGUACGAAUGUGAGUGUGAAAGUGAAAGAUUAUUUUUUACAGAAAGUCUGGGUUUCUUUUGAAAUUUCUCUUUACCAAUUCUGUUUCUCAGAAAUCAGUCGGUUAUUUUUUACUUUGGUAAAUGAAAGUACACCUCGCUCACUGUGAUAAAUUAUUUUUAUGAAACCUUUCUACAUCUGCUUCUCUAAACAAAACAGAACUGAUUUGAAUAAAAUCACUCAAAGAAUA